ACCUAUCCGCACGUACCAGGUUUGCCAAGUCAUGGAGCCCAAUCAGAAUAACUGGCUUCGGACUAACUGGGUAGAGAAGGGCGAUGCACAGAGAAUUUUUGUGGAACUGAAGUUCACCCUGAGGGAUUGUAACAGUUUGCCUGGUGUGGUCGGCACUUGCAAGGAGACGUUCAACUUGUAUUACCAGGAAACGGAUUCAGAGGUGGGCAGGAACUUACGGGAGAACCAGUACGUGAAAAUUGAUACGAUCGCUGCAGAUGAAAGCUUCACUCAGGGUGACCUGGGCGAGAGGAAGAUGAAGCUGAACACAGAAGUGCGCAUUAUUGGCCCCCUGUCCAGGCGGGGCUUCUACCUGGCCUUCCAGGACGUAGGGGCGUGCAUCGCCCUGGUCUCUGUCAAAGUUUACUACAAGAAGUGUUGGUCUAUCAUCGAGAACCUGGCCACAUUCCCCGACACCGUGACGGGAUCAGAGUUCUCCUCCCUGGUGGAGGUCCAGGGCAUGUGCGUGAGCGACGCCGAGGAGGAAGCCGACAACUCUCCCAAGAUGCACUGCAGCGCAGAAGGGGAAUGGCUGGUGCCCAUUGGGAAAUGUAUAUGCAAGGCUGGAUUUCAUCAGAAGGGAGAUGCGUGUGAACCAUGCGGUCGUGGUUUCUACAAGUCUUCCUCCCAGGACCUUCAGUGCUCUCGCUGUCCAGUGCACAGCUUCAACGACCGCGAGGGCUCCUGGCGCUGCGACUGCGAGGACGGCUACUACCGAGCACUCUCUGACCCUCCGUCUGUGGCCUGCACAAGACCUCCCUCGGCGCCACAGAACCUGGUCUACAACAUCAACCAGACCACUGUUAGCCUGGAGUGGAGCCCGCCGGCCGACACAGGCGGCCGCAAUGAUGUAAGCUACAGGGUAAUAUGCCGGCGCUGCAGCUGGGAACCUGAGGAGUGUGUUCCGUGCGGGCAGAAUGUGGGAUAUUCUCCUGCACAGUCAGGAUUAGUGGACACCUACGUGAGCAUCAUGGACCUGCUUGCCCACGCCAACUACACGUUUGAAGUGGAGGCUGUCAAUGGGGUCUCGGACUUGAGCCGCACACAGAGGCUGUUUGCAGCGGUGAGCAUCGCGACUGGUCAAGCAGCUCCAUCCCAGGUCAGCGAGGUCAUCAAGGAGAAGGUGCAACAGCGCAGCAUCCAGCUCUCCUGGCAGGAGCCGCAGCAGCCCAACGGCGUCAUCACGGAAUAUGAAAUCAAAUACUAUGAAAAAGAUCAGAAGGAUAAGAUUUACUCCACGGUGAGGUCCAAGUCCACAUCGGCCACAGUGAACAACCUGAAGCCCAGCACGGCCUAUGUGUUCCAGAUCCGGGCCUUCACUCAGGCGGGUUAUGGGACCUUCGGCCCAAGACUGGAGAUAACCACCAAGGAGGAGGCCACAGCUGCGAUUGUCUCCAGCGAGCAGAACCCCGUCAUCAUCAUAGCAGUGGUGGCCGUGGCGGGAACCAUCAUCCUGGUGUUCAUGGUGUUCGGCUUCAUCAUCGGGAGAAGGUACGCUCUCGCGGGCCCCAUUGACUCUCCGCUCCUGCACUGCGGGUACAGCAAAGCGGAUCAGGAGGGAGAUGAGGAGCUCUACUUCCAGUUCAAAUUUCCAGGCACCAAAACCUACAUCGACCCUGAGACGUACGAGGACCCAAGCAGGGCUGUCCAUCAAUUUGCCAAGGAGCUGGACGCCUCCUGCAUUAAAAUCGAGCGGGUUAUUGGAGCAGGAGAGUUUGGGGAGGUGUGCAGCGGCCGGCUCAAGCUGCCGGGAAAGCGGGACAUGUCUGUGGCGAUCAAGACGUUGAAGGUGGGCUACACAGAGAAGCAGAGGCGGGAGUUCCUUUGCGAGGCCAGCAUCAUGGGACAGUUUGACCAUCCCAAUGUUGUUCAUUUGGAAGGUGUUGUGACAAGAGGAAAACCAGUCAUGAUUGUCAUCGAGUACAUGGAGAACGGCUCAUUAGAUGCUUUCCUCAGGAAACACGAUGGUCAGUUCACAGUCAUCCAGUUGGUGGGGAUGCUGAGGGGCAUUGCGGCAGGAAUGAGAUAUCUUGCCGAUAUGGGAUACGUCCAUCGAGAUCUGGCUGCGCGAAACGUCCUCGUCAACAGCAAUCUCGUAUGUAAAGUGUCGGACUUCGGCCUGUCCAGGGUGAUCGACGAUGAUCCGGAGGCUGUCUAUACAACAUCUGGGAAGAUGCAGGAUGUUAUGAAUUUGAUCUUUGCUCCAGCCACUGACCUGCGUUUUUAUGGACAGGGCGGCAAAAUACCUGUGAGGUGGACCGCCCCCGAAGCCAUCCAGUAUCGCAAAUUCACCUCCGCAAGUGAUGUGUGGAGUUAUGGUAUAGUCAUGUGGGAGGUGAUGUCCUAUGGGGAACGGCCUUACUGGGACAUGUCCAAUCAAGAUGUCAUUAAAGCGAUAGAGGAGGGCUACCGUCUUCCAGCCCCCAUGGACUGUCCGGCCGGCCUGCAUCAGCUAAUGCUGGACUGCUGGCAGAAAGACCGAGCCGAACGGCCCAAAUUUGAUCAGAUAGUUGGCAUCCUCGAUAAGAUGAUCCGUAACCCCAACACCUUGAAAACCCCAGUGGGAACGUGUACAAGACCAAUUAGUCCACUGUUAGAUCAGAGCACACCAGACUUCACCGCUUUCCGCUCGGUGGGAGAGUGGCUGGAAGCCAUCAAGAUGGAACGAUACAGAGACAACUUCACAGCGGCUGGCUACAGUUCCCUGGAAUCUGUGGCCAGGAUGUCAAUCGAGGACGUGAUGAGCUUGGGGAUCACGCUGGUGGGCCAUCAGAAAAAGAUCAUGAGCAGCAUACAGACUAUGAGGGCCCAGAUGCUCCAUCUCCACGGCACCGGUGUCCAGGUGUGA